CGGGACCGACCACCUUUACAAACCGCCCACUCACUCUGCGCGUCACAGGUGCUCGCAUCGCAAGCAGUCUUCGCGUGACGUGACGCGAAGCGAAAUGUCGCAGCCUUGAUACUGCACUACUCGUAACCCGACAGUCGCCGGCACAGUACAAGUCGCACAACGCGACUGCGAAGAAGCAGCCCGAUCGCAAAAGCCGCACGCGUCGCGCGAACGCAGACAGAAUCUAGACGAUGUCGGCCUCGGUGUCACCGGCGCCAGAUGCGGGCGAUGCUCCCACGAGACGCGCCUCUGGACGCGUGAGAAAACAACCUGACCACUUCACGGUCCCGUCCUCUGCAGCAGCCAAACGCAAACGCGACCAAACCGGUGGAGCCGAUGCCAACGAUGAAGAUGAGGAAAUGCUGGACGCUGAAGACGAAGAUGACGAGGAUGAUGAUCCAGAGGAUGAGCCUGACGAGGAGGAAAUGCGCGAAAGAGCCAAAAAGUCGCGCAAAGCGAAGAAGCCAGCAGCAGCGAAGAAACCGCCACAGAAGAAGGCUAAGACUCAGACCAAUGGCCUUUCGCUCCCCAUACGGAGCACAACACGAGCACCUGCUAGGAAGCGCGCACCAAAGAAGCCGCAGGCGAUCGAUAACGCAGACGCAGAAGCAGCUGGCGGGAUAUUUGCCGAGCUCUUUGCACGGGACAAGAGCGUAGAUGAAGUUGUCGCAGACUGGCUGGCUGCUUUCAAAGAUAAUGAGGCUUUGGCCUUGACGGACUUGAUCAAUUUCCUGCUCAAAUCGGCGGGAUGCAACAUAAAAGUCAACGUGCACGACAUCGAGGACCCCGAUGGAGCUACUGAGAAGCUACGUGACUUGCAAACAGAGCAUCAGGCCACGAAUCCCACCGAUUACCCAUUGAUCGGAAAGGGCAAGAGCGGCGUAGCAUUUCGUCAAAACAUCACGCUGUUCAUGCAACAGUUGAUCAAAUCCAUAUCCGCUGCGGGGAUUUUGAUCGCCAAUCCGGACCUACUGGAAAACAUCAGCGUGUGGUUCUCGACCAUGUCAUCUGCGUCCGAUCGGUCGUUCAGACACACAGCGACCGUCUUUUCGUUAAGCGUAAUCACAGCCAUGUGUGACAUCGCGAAGGAGCUGGCCAAACAGGCGCCGACGUUCCAGAGGCAAGUUGCUGCAGAGCAAAAGAAAUCCAGAGUCAACAAAGCGCGGGUGAAGGAGUUCGAAGAAAAGGCCAAGCAAGCCACACUCGACCUGGAGUACAUGGAGGCAUUGCUGAAGGACUGGUUCGAUGCCAUAUUCAUUCAUCGUUAUCGUGAUGUAGACCCAAUGAUUCGCCGGGAGUGUAUUGAAGCAAUCGGAGAUUGGAUCAUGGCCCGCCCGGAACACUUCUUUGACGGACAUCAUCUCCGAUACCUGGGCUGGGUCCUCAGUGAUUCGCACGCCUCGUGCAGGCACGAAGUCGUCGAUCAACUCAAGCGCUUCUAUCAAGACACCAAUAAACUCGGCGGGCUCAGGACAUUUACGGAAAAGUUCCGCCAAAGACUGGUAGAAGUGGGCACUUCUGAUGCUGACUUAAACGUGCGAAUUUCUGGGAUCGAGCUCCUGGGUAUGCUGCGGGAGAACGACCUGCUCGAACCAGACGAUAUCGAUGCCAUAGGCCGGCUCAUCUUUCACGAUGAGGCAAAGGUGCGCAAGGCAGUCGCAGGCUUUUUCUCGGAAAAUGUCAAUGACCUUUUCAAUGCUAAAGCGGAUGACAUUGGUGGCAUUGAGAGCCUCAAGGAAAACUUGCCAGAAGUCAGCGAGGAGAAUUUCGAGGCCCCGCGGCUGGAGUGGCUGAAGCUCAAGUCUUUAGCAGAGAUGCUACAAUCUUAUGACAACGAGGAUCCAGGAUCCAGUCAAUUCGAGCGGAGCGGCACAGAUGGCAGUCUCAUGAUCAACGUUGCAGGCACCGAUUCUCGAUUCACUCUGGCCACCAAUGCGCUCUAUGACAAGAUCAACGAGCUGCAGAAUUGGCAGGCCCUAGCAGGUUAUCUGCUAUUCGACCACUCCCUUUCACGGUCUAACGGUGCCGCUGACGAUGCCUUAUCCCAUUUGAAGCAUGAGUGCACGUUAAGCGAGAAGGAGGAGCUCAUCCUGCUGGAAGUCCUCAAUGCCUCAGUGAAACGUACGCUUGGCGAUUUGGCGGAGCAGCACAACCAUCACACGAAAGGCAAGCUCACAAAGAAGCAAAAGGAAGAGCUGCAGGAUGAGCUUGAAGAGGCCGUGCGGCACUUGACAGAUAUUCUGCCCAGACUUUUGAAGAAGUUCGGCGAUGCUCCAGGCACUGCAGCUGCUGUUCUCCGCUUGGAAGGUGUCUUCGCGAUUCCUGCUCUGCAAAGCUUGCGGGCCGAUCCCACGAUCAAUGGUGCCCUGCUCGAUGAUCUUCGAAAGCAGUUCAUGUCACACGGCACGGACGAAGUGCUUGGUCCAGCGACAAGUGCCAUACUGCACGCCAAAUCCUACGGAGACCUCGACGACACCGCGGUGGAGAAAUUGUCCGGCCUGUGGGAGGAUGUGGUCAGCAAUCUUGCAGAGCUGCUGAAUGUCGACACACUGACUGUCCGUGGGGCUUCACCACGAGAAGAAUUGGUGGCACUCAGCAACAAUCUGCUUCGGAUUGUGCAUCUUGCCACCAUUUCGAACCCUAUAUCACAUCUUGAGGAUGGCAAUCUCGCAGGCAGCAACACCGAUCCGGACAAGGCAUAUAACGGUGCGAUCGACUUCAUCGUCGAUUUGCUACAACGCGCUGUGCACUCCACCGGGCCAGCUCCUGAUCCUGAAGAGGCAGCACUCGAGGACAGCAUCGCUGCGAGAGCUGCAGAGGCAGCCUUGUUCUAUUUUCGAUGGAAGCUGUCCGCAUUGGCGACAGCCGUCAGGACAGGUGUAGGCUCAGAACUGGAUGAUCUGGAGCCGUUAUGCCUUCGACGAGACACAUACGUGACAAAUACCAUGAUGGUACUUGAUGGAAGGAAAGCGACAGAACAGGUCUGCUUCUCGAUGACUGGCUGUUUACUAGACUUGCACACGUCUGGGGCUGUGUUACGCACGGUGAAGGCGAAACCCGGCAUCAGUGAAGACUAUACCGUGUUGAUUAUGGACUUGGACUCUGAACAUGAGAAGGCGGUACUGAAGACCUUCGCUGCGCUUGAGAAGGACUUCGCCAAAUUGAGCCGCAAGAAACUGGACGACCACUCAAACGAGGACGAAGAGAUGGACGUUGAUGCAGACCCUGUCGAUGACGAUCCACUAUCUGAAUCCGAAGACGAGGAUGAGGACCACCAGCUUCAAACAUCUCAACAAGCUCGGGAUGCCAAGCUCGCGAAGCCUCUCAUCGCCGAACAGAAGCUAUGCAUCCUGACAGGCAAGAUUGUACAAGCUGAGGCUGCUGGCGUCCUGGCGGACAAAGCGACACGAAAGCGCGUGGAGCGCAACAAGACCAGACUUGGGCCAAACUUCAAGGAAGUGGUAGCAUAUUUCGAGAAGCCCAAUUUGGAGAAGAAGGCCGGGAAGAGCAGAGCGAAGCCUAAAGCGAAAGCUGCUCCAAACGGGAUCGGGAGGAAACCCAAAGCUGAUCCAAAGAGUAAUGCCAUCGUGGCUGAGGACGAAAUGGAAGACGAGAUUGAGGAUGAGGACGAGGUCGAUGUCGAGCCACAGGCACUUGAAGAGGAUGAUCGCGAGACUGCCAAUGGUGCCCCAGCAGACGAGGAGAGCGUGGUCGGCGACUGAACAAUUCCCGACCUUCUAUGAUGAGCUCAAAUGUCUCGAUCCAAAAUGCUACAGGCGCUCCAGGUCACGUCCUUCCACAGCGCACUAAAAUCGCCAAGCUUGCAAGGAUGAUAGGGACGGAUGAGUUGAAGUGUUCGAUGGACUCUCUUCCAGCCUGUAGGCAGGAACGCUCACGUUGCACAAGUGCGCGGCGUGGAGGCCGAUCACAUCAUGGCCCGUCAUGUGCGCACUGCAGGCUGCGAGGUAGCGAAGGCUUUGUACAGAACGCCGCAGGGAAGACGGCGCGAGGCACUCGC